GGGCAUUUCGAUUCAUUUCAAUAAGGAAAGUAAUUAUAAAUGUGAUGCUUUAAAAGUUUGUAAUAUUCUAUUCGCCACUUUAUUGCGUAAGUGUAAAAAAAAAAUACCAUAAAUAUCAUGUGGUGUUGGUGGACUUCGUUCCUUCAGCAGCCUGUAGUAGUUGUGUGACUGACGUCAAGCGAAAAAAAAAAAACUCACUAGAUCGGAUUACAAGAUGGCGCCCCGUGGACGUUAGCGAGGAAGGAGGCCGCCGGAGUUGUGUUGUGUUUCCCCUCUCCACCUCCAUCUCUCCUCCUUCGAACGAGGGGGGGUUUACCUUUCAACUUGUGAGCCGUCGCCGUGAGCAUGCCGAUUAAGUAGCGGUCGCCGCCGCCGAUACUUUUCGUGCCCCCAAGCUUAGCUCGUCCGUGCUGUCUAACAUGCGGGCGUCAACAAAGUUGUCAGGCUAGGGCGGAAAACACCGAGGCGCCUCGCUUCGCUUGUUAGCAUCCAGCUAGCCUAGCCUGCUAGCUCCCCCCCUUCCCUGUUCACAAUGUCGGACACUCGGCGGCGGGUGAAAGUUUAUACGCUCAACGAAGACCGCCAGUGGGACGACCGGGGCACCGGGCACGUUUCGUCGACGUUUGUGGAACGACUCAAGGGAAUAUCUUUACUAGUUCGGGCUGAAUCCGACGGGUCACUGCUGUUGGAGUCGAAGAUUAGCCCCAAUACUGCCUAUCAGAAACAACAGGACACACUGAUCGUCUGGUCCGAGGCGGAUAAUUAUGACCUGGCUUUGAGUUUCCAGGAGAAGGCGGGCUGCGAUGAGAUCUGGGAAAAGAUUUGUCAGGUGCAAGGGAAAGACCCUGCCCUGGACAUUACCCAAGACCCCAUCGACGAGUCGGAGGAGGAGCGCUUUGAGGAGAUCCCCGAGACGAGCCACCUGGUGGAGCUGCCGCCCUGCGAGCUCAGCCACCUGGAGGAGAUCGCCGACCUGGUGACGUCGGUGCUGUCGUCGCCCAUUCGGCGGGAAAAACUGGCCUUGGCCCUCAUGGGCGAGGACUACCUCAAGAAACUGCUGGGCCUCUUCCGAGUGUGCGAGGACCUGGACAACCGGGAGGGCCUGCACCACCUGUACGAGAUCGUCCGCGGCGUCCUCUUCCUCAACAAGGCCGCCCUCUUCGAGGUGAUGUUCUCCGAUGACUGCAUCAUGGACGUGGUGGGCUGCCUGGAGUACGACCCGGCGCUGGUCCAGCCCAAGCGCCACCGCGAGUUCUUGACCAAGACGGCCAAGUUCAAGGAGGUGAUCCCCAUCACGGACUCUGAGCUGAGGCAGAAGAUCCACCAGACGUACCGCGUGCAGUACAUCCAGGACAUCAUCCUGCCCACGCCGUCCGUCUUCGAGGAGAACUUCCUCUCCACGCUCAACUCCUUCAUUUUCUUCAACAAGGUGGAGAUUGUCAGUAUGUUGCAGGAGGACGAGAAGUUCCUCACUGAAGUUUUUGCACAGCUCACGGACGAAGGCACAGACGAGAGCAAAAGGCGAGAACUUGUGAACUUCGUCAAGGAGUUCUGCGCUUUCUCGCAGACGUUGCAGCCCCAAAACAGGGAUGCUUUCUUCAAGACGCUGGCCAAUCUCGGCAUCUUGCCCGCGCUGGAAAUAGUCAUGGGAAUGGACGACCUGCAGGUGAGGGCGGCAGCUACGGAUAUCUUCUCCUACCUGGUGGAAUUCAGCCCCUCGAUGGUCCGGGAGUUUGUCAUGCAGGAACUACAACAGACCGACGACGACGUUCUGCUCAUCAACGUGGUGAUCAAGCAGAUGAUCUGCGACUCGGACCCCGAGUUGGGCGGCGCCGUCCAGCUGAUGGGUCUGCUCAGGACGCUCAUCGACCCCGAGAACAUGCUGGCCUCCACCAAUAAAACGGAGAAGACCGAGUUCCUGAGUUUCUUCUACAAGUACUGCAUGCAAGUUUUAACGGCACCUCUGCUGGCCAACACAGCACAUGACAAAAACUCAAAAGAAGAUUUACAAGAGGCAUCGACCAAGAUCAACCCCGUGUGUCCAGAUAACUUUCAGACGGCCCAACUGCUGGCUCUGAUCCUGGAGCUGCUUACCUUCUGCGUGGAGCACCACACAUACCACAUCAAGACCUACAUCAUGAACAAAGAUCUGCUGCGGAGAGUGCUGGUGCUCAUGAACUCCAAGCACACCUUCCUUGCCCUCUGCGCGCUGCGUUUCAUGCGGCGGAUCAUCGGGCUGAAGGACGAGUACUACAACCGCUACAUCAUCAAAGGGAACCUGUUUGAGCCGGUCAUCAACGCGCUGCUGGACAACGGCACGCGAUACAACCUCCUCAACUCGGCCAUCAUCGAGCUCUUUGAGUUCAUCAAAGUGGAGGACAUCAAGUCCCUCAUCGCGCACAUUGUGGAUAACUUCUACAAAGCACUUGAGCCCAUCGAGUACGUGCAGACCUUCAAGGGCCUGAAGGGACGAUACGAGCAGGAGAAAGACCGACAGAGUCAGAAACUCACCAGAUACCGGCGAGAGGCUCGCUCAUUGGACGAGGAUGAAGAGCUGUGGUUCAACGAGGACGAAGACGACGACGAGGCGGAGGCGGUGGACAAGAGCCGCAUGGAAGACGACUACUCGGACGGCUACGGCAAGUACAUGGAGGCCAAAAAAGCCGGCGCAGCUCACGGCGCCAACAACGGCAAAGCCGCGGCGCUGCCUCCCACCUCGCCCCCCGCCACACCCAACAACAGUUCCGCAUCCUCGGUCAAGACGGUCGCACUUCCUGCCUCGCCGGUAGUCAAGACCCCUCUGGUCGGUUUGGUGGACUAUCCCGAUGAUGAGGACGAAGAGGAGGAAGACGAAGAGGAGGAAGAGGCGCAAUCACCCAGGAAGCGUCCGCGUCUCAGUUCUUAACAUCGCCGCAAGUCUGGCGCCGUCUCCUUUCCCCUCGCGCUCUUGGCCUGCUCGGAAUUUGAUGGACCCACC